AUGCCACAAGACAGCACGCUCCUGCAGGAUUUGCCCUGCGUCGACGUUCAACACUCGUUGUAUUCCAAAGCGAAGAAGAGCAAGAAGUGGCAAACUUACCUGACUGAAGACUUGGACAGUGAAUGCACCCCAAACGAACUCAUUCCACAGUGGUCACCUGGCCCAAAACGCCAACGCAUUGUAUCUAAGGGCAAAGAAAAUGACUGCAACAAUUUUGUUAUUUCUAAACGAUCACGGAAGAGGAAAGACUCUCAACUGGGAAUUUCAUGGGACCACCUUCCAGAUGAGUUGAUCCUCAAGAUUCUGUUUUUCCUGCCUCUGCAGGACCUUCUCAGGACAUCGGUCAUUUGCAGACGCUGGCAUCGUUUGGCGUUUGAUGAAUCACUGUGGCAAAGUGUGGAUCUGGUGGGGGUGACCAACAUGGUUCCAGCACUGCAGCAGGUGUUGAAGACGGGGGUGCGCAGGUUACGCUGCCCUCACUCUUUUAUAGACAAUCUGCACUUUACGGGCAUGUGCCCGCUGCAGAUGACUGAAAUGGACCUGUCCGGCUCCAUCAUCUCCACACGGACCCUUGAAGGCAUCAUCCGUCACUGUAAUCUUUUAGAGUGUCUUAGCCUGGAAGGGCUGCAACUUUCUGACAACGUUGUCAGCGGUCUGGCCCAGAAUCCACUCCUACGGCAGCUCAACCUAAGUGGCUGCUCCAACUUUACUCCUGAGCCGCUCGCUGAACUGCUGCAGACCUGCUCCAGACUGGAACAGUUGAACAUAUCAUGGUGCAUCUUCACCAAUAAUCAUGUGAAAAGUGUAGUCAAUCACGUAAGCUCCACUGUUACGCACCUCAACCUCAGCGGAUACAGAGAGAGCCUCACACUAGAUGAUGUGAAGGUCCUGGUUACGAGAUGUCCUAAUAUUCAUGCUUUAGAUUUGAGUGACAGCACGCAGCUGAUGUCCGAUUGCUUCCCCGUGCUCUGUGAGCUUAAACAUCUGCUGCAUCUGUCCUUGAGCCGCUGCUAUCACAUUCACAUUGCUGCACUCACUAACCUCAGGACGACAUUUCCCACGCUGCAUUACCUGGAUGUAUUCGGUUUGGUAAAUGAAAGCCACUUGUCUUCCUUGAGGAAGGAAAGCCCCGGCAUUUGCAUCAACUCCUUGCCGUUCUCUGCUAUCGCACGACCCACGCCUGCCAAUAUCAUUGGAAACGUUGGCAGCCACAGCAUGUGGAACAGGAAAGUUCGACUGAGGUUCAGGUUAUAG